AUGCCGAUACAAGAUAGCAGCGACACCGAAAGUGUCGACGCUGAAGUUAAAGAGUUAAUCUCCGGCAGAGAGGAAUUAACUUUUGGACCCGAUGUUUAUAUUUCCCAAACUGGUAGUAGUAGUAAUCAAUUUCGGAGUUUUGGUCAAACUCCAGUUGGAGUUAUACCUCCCCCGGGUAUACAACAACAAUUUACUGGAUUGACGAAAUUAUUUGAUUCUCAGGGGAAUGAAUAUUUAUAUCAUCCAAAUGGAUAUGUUACCCCCAUUAGGAAAUCUAAUACGAUAACUACUUCGAUUAAUAAUAAUAAUAAUGGGAGUGGUGAAAGGAAACCACAGAGGAGACAACACAGGAAAGUUUCUCCGUUUAUUGAUUUAUCACCAAUUUCAUCAAAUUCGCCCACAAAAUUGAGAAAAUAUCAACGAGAGGUUUUUGAACGGAUUCAAUUUUUAGGUGAUUUGGAAGUUAGUAUUUCUGAUCGAUAUAGUGUAGUUAAUAAUUUGUCACAAUAA